AUGGAGCUUGAAAGAAUCAUUCAAGAUACAUUGACAUGCUUCAUUCAGUCCCACAUCCCUGCAGCAGAUCUCAGUGGGAUGGAUGAUGUUUUCUUCUCUUAUAUUACGGGUGUCCUGGAAGAGCUGGGCUCACCAGAGUCCUCUGAAGAGACUUUUGACAUGGACAGCUUUGUGGAAAUGAUGGAGGCAUAUAUCCCUGGUUUUGCAGAAAUCCACAGUGGGGAUGUUUGUGAAAUGAUGUUUUCCCUCUCAGAAAGGCUUGGUGAAGCUCGCAACAAAGAAAAACUUGGCCAAAAGGCUGUGGAAAGCGGGAGUGAAUUGCCCUCUGAAGACCUCACCAAGGGCCAGGAGCCUGGAGCUGGAGCCUGCAACGGGGAAAGACUGUGCACUCUAACAGACGGAGCCGGGGCCCAGGAAAGCACUGACUUGAAGGAUGGGGUGGAACUGCUACUGGAGAUGUUCCCAGCCUGUACAGUGAGCCAGGCAGAGAAGGCUCUCGCCAUGGCUUUGGGGAACUUGGAAGAGGCAGUGCAGUUAAUUGUGGAGGAGAAGGUGGAAACUGGCUCAGCAGGUGCGAGUGUGAAGGAACUGGCACGGCCCCGCAGAGCACCCAACCACGAGGAACUAAAACAGGUCAUCCUACAGAAAUACAUGAUGGUGGAUAGUGCAGAUGACCAGAAGACGCAUCGGCCAGCUCCACCCAAAGAGGCUCCCAAGAAGUUGAUCCGCUAUAUUGAUAACCAGGUGGUGAGUACAAAAGGAGAGAGGUACAAAGAUAUCAAGAAGCCUGAGAGUGAGGAGAUGAAAAGAACCUACAUCAGCCUAAAACCAGCCAGGAAGUACAAGUUCCACUGA